UAAGUAACUACAGACAAAUAAAAAUAAAAAGUCCGUAGAAAGGGCAACAAGUUUGAACUUUGAACAGAAAGUUGUAUAUCUGGCGUAGGGCGGGCGGUGUUUGGGCGGCAGAAAGCCCCGCGCCCUGCCCGCAGCCGCCCGCCACCAUGCGAGCCAGGGGCAGACUUCCCCGCGACUCUCGUAAUACUACCUACCCUAGUGUAUGAAUGACAAAUACCAAUUAACCAUAACAUACACCUGCUACUAAACAAAUCAAUACAUUCUGAAACUUUGGAACUAGUUCGUCAAAAUAAAAAAAACUUUUGUGUAAUAGAACAUUUUUUUUCUGUGUCGACGUGCUUCGUCAGUUUUAAGUUGUGCUUUGAAAGUAUCAUCGAUUUAUAAAGAUGCGGCGGCGCCUGGCGACCUCGCUGCUGCUGGCCGCGGUGGCGCUCUCCUCCAGCGCCCUGCUCGUGCAGGAGCAGCAGCCGCUCCGGAUAUACGACAAUAUUAGAAAUAGAAUCGACAGUAGAAAUAUAUUUUACACUAUCUUUUGUAAAGAAGCAAUCGGCACAGUCAGAACGAGAGAAGUCCUGAAACUGUGCAGGUUUCUGGAAUCAAAAGAGCUGGAGCGCGACAAUAACGAGCGGAUGCGAGUGUUGGUGGCGCGCGACGACGGCGAGGGCGCGUCCCCCGGCGGGCACCGCCAGGAGCAGUGGCACAACUACCCACGCCGCCUCGACCGCCUGCAGCCCGUCCCCUUCGAGAGGCACAAACCAGCGCACAGGAAGAGAACCCCCGACCCCGAAGACCGCGACCUCACAGACGAAGUCGUACCCGAAUACAUCAACGACCUGACCAAGGAACGCCUCGCCAAGCAGAACCUGAACAAAAUAUACGACGCCAUUCUAGCCUCCGCAGACCCUCUCCUGCUCCUGGACAUCCGCCUCGCGGGCCUUAUUGAUCGCAAUAGUAAUCUAACAAAAAACCCAGAGUUUAUGAUGGAUGAUACCAGAUAUCCUCAAUACACUGAUGAUCAGGAUGAGCUGUUGUCAGAAGAAAUUAAUCCAGUUAUAGAAGUAGUAAGAGUGAACAGCGACGACAUUCCGAACAUUCUGGAGUCAGAAACUUUGGACUCCCCUGCCGAGGUGCCGGCGAAGCGCAUGUUCUCCCUGUGGAGCCGGCUGCAGGGGCUGGCUCACGAGCGCGGGCACCAGCUGCACCACCGGCGCCAUCUGCACACCUUCAUGCACCCCGACCUGCGCGACCUCGGGGACCUGACGCUCACGGCCGAGACCCGCGCCUUCAUGCGGCCCCCCGGCUCCCCGCUGCGAUGGGGCUAAAUCUAGACAUCUAGAUAUCGAGACAUAACACUGUUUGGUUCGCUUCGAAACUUUUUGUUCGCCAACUUUUUCUGGAAGCUGAUAGUACAAUAAAUUGACCAACUUCAUGAUUUAGAGACAUCGUUAUUUGGACUUGUAGGCUUUGAUAGACGUGUAGGUACUGGUGGGAUAGCAAUGCCAUGGACAAAGAACCGAUUUCGCCAUUACAGAAUAGAGAAUCAUCUUAGCUUGUCGGUGAAGAACUCUAGAGCUGGACUGGAGAUUGUCACCAUGAUUAGGAAGUCAUAUUAGCAUGAAUCGCUCGUGGAGGCUCCUUUCGCACCCUAAAAUAAGUGCCAAUAGUCUGAAAAUUCCUAUUCAAAUUGUUACAGGUGAUACAACUGAGUAGAUAAACUUUAUUAUUUAAUGGGCAAAUCGGGUUUAAUACGGAUAAUGGAUGUGAAUAGUAAGCAAUGAAUAAUGUUUAUUUACGCGCAGACAACAUAACUACCUAAGUAGUAAACAGUAUCAUUUUCUCUACACGGGAAACUUAAAUCCAUGUAAAUCUAUGUUUUUAAGAUGUCUGGUACAAAUCGAAAGUUUACAGACUGAUUUAACUGCACUUUAAACUACAUACUUUGAAAAAUAAAUCAUAAAUAUUUCCCAAUUUAUUUAUUUUAAAGACACGAAAAUAUACCUACCUCUAUGUAAUAGUCCUUAUUCCUAUUAGACUUCUACCUUCAGUGAAAGCUUUAACUUCAGUUUCCAUAUACAUAAUUUAAAUAUACAGGGGGCAAUAUUAUCAGCUAACUAUUUUCACAUUUUCAGCGUUGGUCACUUAGUGAAAGUUGAUCAGUAUGUCGUUUCGGGUGCAUUUACCUGCCUUUGUGAAAUUUACUGAAACAUUCCACCCUGUAUAGGCUAUCAAUCAUCGCUUAUCAAGUAUAUCAUAAUAAUAUACUGUAAGUAUAAUUUGUUAGGAGGUAAGAGGUACGAUGAGUCUUCGUGACACUUGCAAUAAUCUAGCAUUUUCAAGCAUCUACUUACUAGCUUGUUAUAAAUAUCAAUAUUACAUAGUUACCUAUAUCAUAACAAUGUUAUAACUUCCAUAGACUUUACAUAAUAAAUAUUGUAAUGAAUGGUAUAUAUGUAAAUAAAUAUCGUGUAUAUCAGC